AUGAGCGCUGCGGAGCUGGCUGCGAGUGUCCACGCCGACGGGUUCGUGGCGUUGCCCAUUGCAGCCUAUGGACCCUCGUCCUCCGAUGUGGAGCUGAUGCGCACUCAAGUGUUCGCCCGCUACGAGGAAUUCCUGGCCGAAGCUGACAGGCAGCAGCUGGACUUGACACUGCGCGAGCACUCGGAGCGACUCCCGGGCUUCUACGCGCGCGAGGGCGGGCGGAUCGACAUGCAGCUGAGCACGUCGGCCUUCCAGACGCGGCCCCAGACGCCGCACACGGUGGAGACUGUGCACUCGGUGGAUAUGAAGCUGUUGGAGGAGAUGGCGGACAAGUGGCAGCCCGUGCUCAAGGAGCUCUUCGGCCCUGCCAAUAAAUUCCACCUCGAGUACAUUGGCUGCGUGCUGUCUCGACCGGGAGAUAGUGACCAGAACUGGCAUCUUGAUGGAGUGCACCGCAACCAAAAAGUCCAUGAACCUGUUGACCGGCUCAAUGUGUUUGUGCCGCUGGUGGCCAUCACGGAGCUGACCGGGGGAACGGAGAUGAAGAAAAAGUCGCACAUCCACGACAACGGAGCUCGCGGCACGGCGUUCGAAGGGUACGAAGACUUGGCCAGUGUCACGGCCUAUGUGGAGGCUGGGACGCCCCUUGUCAUGGACUAUAGAGUGUGGCACCGAGGUCUCGCCAACACGAGCGAGAGCACGGUGCGUCCGCUGCUCUACUUCAAAUACGCCAAGACUGCAGCGCCCAUGGUGACGAAGAAGCCUGUUGCUGGAGAGAAGAAGAGGAAAAGGAUCACACCGACGCUGGUGUAAGAUAAUGGAGGUC